GGCACUUGUCUCCUCAGUGGAUGCUUCUCGGCCCCGCCGCCACCGCGCGCCGCGGCACGGGGAGACCGGGGUCAAGAAAGUGGAGCAUGGCUAUGAGCAAUGGCAACAAUGAUUUUGUGGUUCUGAGCAAUGGCAGCAUUGCAACCAGUGCUACCAACCCUAGUCCCCUCACCCCCUGUGAUGGAGACCUUGCAGUCCAGCAGCUCACACCCAAAGAAGCACCAAGAACAAAAGUGAGUCCAAACGGAUGCCUGCAAGUUAAUGGCACAGUUAAAUCAUCCUUUCUGCCUUUAGACAACCAAAGAACGCCUCAGAUGUUAUCCCAAUGCUGCCAUCCUUGCCUGUACCAUCACCCUUUGACUAGCCAUAACGGUCACCAAGAGUGCCAUCCUGAGGCUGGCUCCACAGCACCUUCUGCUUUGGCCUCGUGUUGCAUGCAGCCACACUCAGAGUAUUCUGCAUCUCUUUGUCCAAACCAUUCACCUGUGUAUCAGACUACGUGCUGUCUUCAGCCCUCUCCAUCCUUCUGCCUGCAUCAUCCAUGGCCUGACCAUUUUCAGCAUCAGCCUGUGCAACAGCACAUAGCCAACAGAAGACCAUCCAGACCUUUCAAGUUACCAAAAAGUUAUGCGGCCCUGAUAGCCGACUGGCCCGUGGUGGUCUUGGGCAUGUGCACUGUGUUCAUCGGGGUCUGUGCCUUGGUUGGAGUCAUCGUGCCAGAGCUCCCUGACUUCUCUGAUCCAUUGCUGGGUUUUGAACCACGAGGGACUGCAAUAGGCCAGAGACUGGUCACUUGGAAUAACAUGGUGAAAAAUACAGGCUACAAAGCAACAUUAGCAAAUUAUCCCUUUAAAUAUGCAGAUGAACAAGCCAAAAGCCAUCGGGAUGAUAGAUGGUCAGAUGAUCAUUAUGAAAGAGAGAAAAGAGAAGUUGACUGGAACUUCCACAAGGACAGCUUUUUCUGUGAUGUUCCAAGUGACCGAUAUUCCAGAGUAGUGUUUACUUCAGCUGGAGGGGAGACAUUAUGGAAUUUACCUGCAAUUAAAUCGAUGUGCAAUGUAGAUAAUUCAAGGAUCAGGUCUCACCCCCAGUUUGGAGAUCUCUGCCAGAGGACCACUGCUGCCUCCUGCUGCCCCAGCUGGACGCUGGGGAACUACAUCGCCAUUCUGAACAACAGAUCAUCCUGUCAGAAAAUCGUCGAGCGAGAUGUUUCUCAUACCUUGAAGCUGCUUCGGACCUGCGCCAAACACUACCAAAAUGGCACUCUGGAGCCAGACUGCUGGGACAUGGCGGCCAGAAGAAAGGAUCAGCUCAAGUGCACCAACGUGCCACGAAAGUGUACCAAGUACAAUGCCGUGUACCAGAUCCUCCAUUACCUGGUGGACAAAGACUUUAUGACCCCAAAGACAGCUGACUACGCCAUGCCAGCAUUAAAGUACAGCAUGCUCUUCUCUCCCACCGAGAAAGGGGAGAGCAUGAUGAACAUUUACCUGGACAACUUCGAAAACUGGAACUCUUCUGAUGGCAUCACCACCAUCACCGGGAUCGAGUUUGGGAUCAAACACAGUUUGUUUCAGGAUUACCUUCUGAUGGAUACCGUGUAUCCUGUCAUAGCCAUUGCCAUCGUCCUUCUAGUCAUGUGUGUCUACACCAAGUCCAUGUUCAUCACUCUGAUGACAAUGUUUGCAAUCAUCAGUUCCUUGAUUGUUUCCUAUUUUCUCUACCGCGUAGUAUUUAACUUUGAAUUCUUUCCGUUUAUGAACCUCACCGCACUCAUUAUUUUGGUUGGAAUCGGAGCAGACGAUGCUUUUGUCUUGUGUGAUGUUUGGAACUACACCAAAUUUGACAAGCCCCAUGCAGAAACUUCGGAAACUGUGAGCAUCACCUUGCAACAUGCUGCCCUCUCCAUGUUUGUCACCAGUUUUACCACGGCCGCUGCCUUUUAUGCCAACUAUGUUAGCAACAUUACAGCCAUCAGGUGCUUCGGGGUUUAUGCGGGGACGGCUAUUUUGGUGAAUUAUGUUUUGAUGGUCACGUGGCUUCCAGCCGUAGUUGUGCUGCAUGAGCGAUACCUUCUCAACAUAUUCACUUGCUUCAAAAAGCCCCAGCAGCAAAUAUACGAUAACAAAAGCUGCUGGACGGUAGCUUGCCAGAAGUGCCACAAAGUACUUUUUGCCGUCUCAGAAGCAUCUCGCAUUUUUUUUGAAAAAGUAUUGCCAUGCAUCGUCAUUAAGUUUCGCUACCUUUGGCUGUUCUGGUUCCUUGCCUUAACUGUAGGGGGGGCCUACAUCGUGUGCAUCAAUCCAAAGAUGAAACUACCCUCGUUGGAGUUAUCUGAGUUCCAGGUCUUCAGGUCCUCUCACCCUUUUGAACGUUACGACGCUGAGUACAAAAAGCUCUUCAUGUUUGAGCGUGUCCACCACGGAGAGGAGCUCCACAUGCCCAUAACCAUUAUCUGGGGCGUGUCCCCCGAAGACAACGGCAAUCCACUCAAUCCCAAGAGUAAAGGGAAGUUGGCCUUAGAUAGCAGUUUUAACAUUGCUAGCCCGGCCUCCCAGGUCUGGAUUUUGCACUUCUGUCAAAAGCUGAGAAAUCAAACGUUCUUUUACCAGACUGAUGACCAGGACUUCACCAGCUGCUUCAUCGAGACAUUCAAGCAGUGGAUGGAAAACCAGGACUGCGACGAGCCUGCCCUGUACCCGUGCUGCAGCCACUGGAGCUUCCCCUAUAAGCAAGAGGUUUUCGAGCUGUGUAUCAAGAGAGCCAUCAUGGAGCUGGAGAGGAGUACGGGGUACCAUUUGGAUAGCAAGACCCCGGGGCCCAGGUUUGAUAUCAAUGAUACUAUCAGGGCGGUGGUGCUGGAGUUCCAGAGUACCUACCUCUUCACAUUGGCUUAUGAAAAGAUGCACCAGUUUUAUAAGGAGGUGGACUUGUGGAUUGCCAGUGAGCUCAGUUCUGCCCCUGAGGGCCUCAGCAAUGGCUGGUUUGUCAGCAAUCUGGAAUUCUAUGACCUCCAGGAUAGCCUCUCCGAUGGCACCCUCAUUGCCAUGGGGCUCUCCGUUGCUGUUGCAUUUAGCGUCAUGCUGCUUACCACUUGGAACAUCGUCAUAAGCCUUUACGCCAUCAUUUCAAUCGCUGGGACCAUAUUUGUCACUGUCGGUUCUCUUGUCCUGCUGGGCUGGGAGCUCAACGUUUUGGAGUCUGUCACCAUUUCAGUCGCGGUUGGCCUGUCUGUAGACUUCGCUGUCCAUUAUGGGGUUGCUUACCGCUUGGCCCCGGAUGCCGACCGGGAAGGGAAGGUGAUCUUCUCUCUGAGUCGCAUGGGCUCUGCCAUUGCCAUGGCCGCGCUGACCACCUUCGUGGCCGGGGCCAUGAUGAUGCCCUCCACGGUUCUGGCUUACACCCAGCUGGGCACCUUCAUGAUGCUCAUCAUGUGCAUCAGCUGGGCUUUUGCCACCUUCUUCUUCCAGUGCAUGUGCCGGUGCCUUGGGCCGCAGGGUACCUGUGGUCAGAUCCCUUUACCCAAAAAACUCCAGUGCAGUGCCUUCUCCCAUGCCUUGUCUACCAGCCCUGGUGACAAGGGACAAAACAAAACACAUACCAUGAAUGCUUAUCAUUUAGAUCCCAGGGGCCAAAAAUCUGAAAUGGAGCAUGAGUUUUAUGAAUUAGAACCUCUGGCAUCCCACAGCUGUACUGGCUCUGAGAAGCCCUCUUAUGAAGAGACCCACAUCUGCUCUGAAUUUUUCAACAGCCAGGCAAAGAAUGUAGGGAUGCCCAUGCAUGCAGCUUACAACAGUGAACUCAGCAAAAGCACCAAAAAUGAAGCUAGCUCUGCCUUGUUACAGCCCUCUCUCGAACAGCACCCCAUGUGUCACUUCUUCACUCUGAAUCAGAGGUGUAGCUGCCCCAAUGCCUACAAACAUUUGAAAUAUGGCCCCCACGCUUGCCAACAGAUGGGUGACUGCUUGUGCCACCAGUGUGCUCCUACUGCGAGCGGCUUUGUGCACAUCCAAAAUGGCAUGACACCUCUGAAGGCUGCACACCAAGCCCCCGAGGGCUUCGUGCAUGCCAUCCCACACAUCCACCACUGUCCCUGCCUCCAGAGCAGAGGGAAACCACCUGGAAUGCAGAAUUCUCUACCCAGGAGUUUUUUCCUCCACCCAGUGCAGCACAUCCAGGCCCAAGAAAAAAUUGGUAAGACCAGCGUACACAGUCUUCAGAGCAUAGAGGAGCAUCUUCCAGAGAUGGCAGAGCCAUCACCGUUCGUCUGCAAAAGCACCGGAUCUUUACAAAAAGCGUGUCGCGAUCCUGAGAAUAACCAAAGGGGCCUCUGUAAAAACAGAGACAUCGGGAAUCUUGAGGGCAGUGGAGGGGCCGAAAACCAGGACUCCAGUUUAGAGAAUGAGACCCACAAGGCAGAAAGGAAUGUAGAGCCAAGCCCAUCACAGACUGAUGUCAUUGUGAACUCAGAACAUUUUAAUCAGAACAAACCAAAAUUUAUAUUUAACCAUAGAAUGAAGGAGGCUGGUUAUAGGUCCUGCCCCAACAAUCCACAAAGUUGUGGCAGAAUUGUGAGAGUCAAGUGCAAUUCUGUGGACUGCCAAAUGCCAAACCUUGAAGCCAAUGUGCCUGCUGUAUUAACACACUCGGAACUUUCUGGUGAAAGUUUGUUAAUAAAAACACUUUAAUAAAUAUAGUCUUAAAUUCAAGUGCCUCGAUCAUUCCUUUAAAAUGGAAGUAAAAUCCAGAAGUUUAGAAUGGGAGCCCAAAAAUACAGAAGUAAGAAUGUUUCACUUUGUUAAAAAUCCUGGAAUAUUUUUAUAUUCCACAUGAACAAUCAACAGACUCACAUAUCUAAUGAGUGGUGGCUAAUAUUUGGAUUUUAUAUUUUCAAAAAGUACAGUUGUUUUUUAAAUUUAUAUCCAGCUUGAAAAAUAAUUCUCUCUCUCUCUCCUCUCCCAUAGCAGUUAGUCAGAGAUGUAGAGCUCGAAUUACCUAGAAAUUUCCAUUCUCCCAGGCAAUCAUAUUUACCUGAUAUCCUUAUUCUGGUUCAUUUGGUUGUCGGUAAUCAAGACUUUUGAUUGCUUAACAUAAAUACUGAUUUUAAUAGAGCCGUUUCAGUUGGGAUCCAGGAACUAAACAUUAAAAUUUACAUUUUUGGUGAGGCCUCAUUUAAAAAUUAAUUGCCAUGCGUUUUCAUAGUGCAUUCCACCUGUCUGCGUGAGGACACGUCACAUGAAGCCAGUGACAUUUAUAUCCACAUUGGUGUCUUUUUCCACCUUAGCCAAAGUGGACAGUUGUUCAGUUAUUACAUCUAUUAACCCAGGAGUCAUAGGCAUGAUCUCAUGUCAGGUGACAGUUACGUUAGUGCCACAGGAGGAAGAACAAAAACGAAGAGAUGUGAUCAUCCAAAAUAGACUUCACUUCUUAGGAUAAGUCGCAUGUGGACAAAGAGAGACCCAGGUCAGAUGAAUCCUAACCCCUUGAAGCACUCAGAGUAAGAGAACUUGUUCUAUGAUGUUUUGCUUCCAUCUCUGCCCCUAAGGGACAUGUUCAGAUGGCUGCUUUCUCCUGUGUUAAACAGAGUCUCAAGAUAUGCAAGGAUGAUUUUAUUGUGCAGCUAACACCUGGAAAUGCUAAGCCUUCAGGCAGCUUCUUAAAUGACACUUGUGUAUCUUGUGUUAGAUCAGUCUGCAGUAAUCGAGCUGUUGGAGCAUGCUUGAUGGAUAAUGCUUCAGAUGACACAGCCCUCCUCGCGGGGCAUCAUCUGACACUGUGCAUUCCAGCCCCAUACCGGGAAAAUUCGAUGGCAUUCUGUUUCCUUCUGGGAUUCUGCCUCCGGUUUGGUCCUCUGAAGAAAACUGGUGGGAAUAUUUUUACAUACAGUGUUCUUUCCAAAAGUUCUAUUAGUUAUUUUCUAAAAAUAGUUUUCCAAAUUAAAUUUGCAUAUUAUUCUUGGGCCUGAAAAAGCUGUCAGGAGUUGGAAGGGAUCUUACGGUUCACUGACUCCAACCCACCUCCCCCAAACCACAUUUCUGUUAAGUAGCCUUCCAGCUUUGACUUAAUUACUUCAGUGACAAGGAACUCACUACAUGACUACCUUGGCUGAACCCAAAUCUGGUGUCCUGUAGUUUCUCUACCAAUGGCCCUCAUUCUGUUCUCUGAAGUGCACACAAACAUCUCUGAUCUUUCUGCCACAUGGUAUCCCUAAAGAUAUAUGAAAACAGCAGUCAUGUCCUCCCACUCACAUCCCGAGUUCACUCAAUUGCUCUUCCCAUGAUUGGGUUUUAAGCAAUUAAAACACUGAUUGAGCAAUUAUGGUCUCUUCUGGCUAAGUAAAGUUGUCCAAGUCCCUAUGCAAGUGUAGUACCCAAAACAGACUCUGAUACAGCGCAGGAAGGAGGACCAGCCCCCAGGAGACCGGAUGGUUCUCCUGUUAGUUCCCUUAGAGGUGGAAAUGGCUUCUGGCUCAAACAUUACAGCUGACUCUCAUGCAGCUUAGAGGGAACUAAACCCACCAGGUCUGUCUCACAUGUACUGCCGCUAAACUGCAUCUUCAAACCGGUGAGGUUUUUACACUGAAGUUCAAGACUCUAUGUCCAUUCCCAAUGCACCUUCUGUUGGGUAAAUCCGAGGAAGUGGGGAGGAGAAGGGAACACUUGAAAACAAGACUCACACGAGAACCAACACUAGACUCUUUAUUUUCCUUCUGAAAGGUGUAACCAUAAAGUUGGCUAAUGAAAAUUUAGUGACCCAAAACACUUUUUUUGCUGGGCAUGGACACAGAUUGAAUUUAAGGGCGAUUGGAGAUGCAAACUUCUUUACAGGUAGUCUGACCUGAAAGACUUUCAUGUGAACUAAGUGUCAUCUAAUUUAGAAAAUAAAAACUAGAGUGAAAGGAACUUAGUGGGAGGAGAUGUCCUUCGUCUUCUCUCUGGGGCCUCGGUCUUGCUGUUGGUCAUCUUCUAUACCUGCUCAGGCUCCAGGAGCUGGAGGGGACUGUCUCCCCAGCUCUGCUCAGUUACCCCAAACCUUGAAUGUGGCAGUAAAUCCUUUUCACAUUGAUUUCAGCUACAGACUUUGGACUCUGAGUUGACUAUAUUUUUCAUUCAGGAAUCUUUUAAAGCAUUUUAAAGAGUCUGGGACUAGAAAGGUUUUUUUUUUUUAAUUCCCCAUUACUGAGCAGCAACAGAUCACUAUUUCUAGUUCUGUUUCACAAGGAAAUUUCGUCCACUGUCCUAUUCUAGAGAAUUGCAAAGCAAAUAAGAGGUUAAAUUAUACCUGGAGAAAAGAGCCUUUUCACUGUGAAAUAUUUUCACUGUGAAAUAUUGGAGGGUAUUUACUUAUGGAGAGGAUUUGCACACUGUUACUACAACAGAACAUACCCUUGAGGUUUGAGUCCAUGUUACCAAACUUGUUCCUGAUUUCUUCCCUGCAAGGUCGCUUUUUAAAUCCCUACUUGAUUGAAAAGUGGAACAGGCGAAGAGCACAAAGCUUUCCGCAUGGUAGAGCUGUAUUGUUUGAAAUGAACUACACAGCUUCAUCUGCGUGUAUUCAUUUCUUGUGUGCAAUUGCUGUGAAACGCACAUCCUCCUAAAACAAUGCUCUUUAAAGUUUUGCUAAGCUGUUAUUAUAUUAAAUUUCAUUACAGUAAUCUCUGCCCCAGCCUUCAUCAUUCUAAAUUUUAGAACUUUCGCAACGGGUGAUUUGAAGAGUAGUUUUACAGUGUGGUCUUACAGAAGAUUAGGAAAUGUUCUGAUUCACAUUAUCUCACAGGGAAACCAUCUUUCCACCAGCAGUUAGGACAAUUUCUGAAUGAAAUAUGAGGAAGCAAUGACUUUGAAAACAGCUGUGUCUUUUCCCUGUAAUAAAGACAGUCGUUUUAGAAGGAAAAAAAUGAAGCCUAUGUUAAAAAAAAGAAUCCGAAGACUCAAUUGGGUUUUUUUCAUAAGAUUCAGACAUGGCCAUGAAAGUAGAGAUUUGUUGAGUCAUGAGGGGAUUUUUUUUCUUAAUACAGAAGGAACUGUUGUGUUCAAAUGUCCUUUAUACCAUAGUGGAUCUUUCCAGAUUGUUUGCUGGCAUUUAGUUUGUUUAUCUCCAAUCGUUGUUACAUUAAUCUACAAUGUUUUUGUAAAACAGCCAUUUUCGUUAAUGUUUGAUUUUGUAUGCUAAGAAGUUUCAUAUCUUUUCAUUAAACAUGUAGAAAAAAAGAUAAGUAAUGAAGAUUCACGGUUGAUUAGUAGAAUCUUGUGCCUUUUGUUCUUAACAAUGUUUUAACUGCCCUAAUUUUGGAUUUUUCAUGGAAAAAAAGCAUCAUUUCUCAUUCCAUUAGCUUUAGAAACCACGCGUGCACACUCAAGAACACUCAUUAAGUAAGCAGGAUCAACACAGUUUCUAUCAACUCCCCUAAUCAAUCAGUUAGAACGUGAACUUGGCAGCACAUGUGCCAACCAGGACACAGUUUACUAACUCAGAGGAGCCUGAUGGGCAUCUGUGGCACGUAAGUGCCUUCCUGAGAUUUGGGGCAUGAGAGUGCUGUUUUCAGCUUUAGGAAGGGGGCAUGGAAUAAAGCAAUGAUGUUCUGCAUUCAGAGGGCAUAGUACAAGAAAGGGCUCUUCCUAGCCUGGACGUUCCUCAAGGGUUUUCUUUUAGGUAACUUGAGAACUGUAUACUUUUAAUUUUGAGUCAGAAGAUAGGUCAGUGGCCCAGGUUAUUGAGAGGAACUUGUAGAGUACAUGGCCUUCUCUUAGGGGAUUUCAGGCAACAUUUGAAUACCAGUCAACAUCUCCACUCUUCUCACCUGACACCUAAAAUGGAUACACUUCUUGACUCUGUGCUUAUUAUUAAUGACCCUUGACUCUCACAGUGAAACGAGAGUUACACUUUACAUCCUCAAAUCAACUGGAAUAGCUAAACUUUGACGUUUACCCUCCUCAUCAUAUGUUUUCACAUAACUUUCUGGAAUGUCAUCCACACCUUCCUAAAAAGUGAAGGGCAGGUUAUUUUCAGUAAGAGAUGUUUUUCUUUGGAAUCCAGUGAGAUUCUUAUAAGAGCUGGCUUUAAUUUGCAACAAAGUGACAAUCAGAGGAAAAUUUGCUCAACGUCCCUCCACUAAUUGGACAUUUUUGAUCAGUGAACUGGACUUUAGUUUUCUACUAUUUAAAGGGGAAAGGAUUUGCUAAGUAAAUCAGUAAUCUAAACAAGAUUACAGACAGCCUGUUUAGCCUGCCUAAGAAAACAAAUGAAAAACUACUGUAGUGUUAGUGCCUUUGCAACAUAAUGUGAUCAUUGCAAAUCUCAUUGAUAAAGAAAGGUCCAAUAGGAGUAACUCUAUGCAAGACUUUACCAGAUGUUUUAAAUACUAGUUAAGAAUAUUAAAAAUCAUCUAUUUUAAAUAGUUAAAUGUGAUCACUGUUGGAUGCUCCCCAGUCCCACGAGUGCAUCACUCGUCCCUUGGGAAGCUGUCUGGUCUGCAGGGUGACUUCUAGUUCUCUGCAUUCUGGCAGCACUCAGGUGCUUAAUUCAGUGUAGCCUUACAGGAUGGGAUGUGUAAAGCCACAAGCUUUAUCCUCCCUCCAGCAAAAUUUCUUUUCCUCCAGAGAUCUAAAGAAAGGCUUUGGGAAACAUGCAAAUCUCUGCAACAUCCGCCAUCAGAUUGAAGUCCACCAGGGUUUUUGUUCUUUUUUGUAGUUUGAUCUCUUCACCUUCACUUUUCUGAGUAGUGUACGUGUUAUUAGUCAGAUAUGUCAGAUGAGAAUAGAUAUCUACUGAAUCAUCUUGGAUUGUUGAAUAAUUCCAUCACAGAUCCCAACUUGAAUUUCUUUGCCCUACCCUGAAAAGGACCCUAGGCUGUGAUUGCAGGUGGGCGAGAAUUUCCUUCAGUGAAUCGCUUCCCUGCCAAUCAUGACAAAUUAUACAGCACUUUGGUAAAUAUCUACACGUUACCAUCAGAGAGUAAGCAGAGGUUAGAAAAGCCAGCUUGGAGACAAAACUCCAUCCUUCCUCUAAAUCACUGUGAUUCAGAAAAGCAAUUUAGGCACCAGUCCUGCCCUGGAAACAAAAACUGUGAUUUUUCUCAUCUGUGGGGUGAUUGUUAGGAACCACACAGGGGUGAGAGAACUCAUCUUGAGCCCCUUCAGAGGUGGAGGGAAGGUUUUUUAUUCUAUGUGUUUUGAUAUUAUAUUUGGGUCUUGGAAGAAUCAGGCUGAUCAGUCUUUGUAAGCAGUUUGGGCCAUGGUGAGGGGAACCACAGGUAACCUCACUUGUUCGACCUCCACAACUCCAUUAGAGGUGGGAGUCUCUCUGCCACCAAGGCUCACCGUCAGCAUCCAUCACCUGGUAUUAGAAUUGUCUGAUUAGCUGUCUUGCUCACUAGACGAAGUCCUUGAGAGCAGGCACUCUUCAGCACCUUGCUGCACCCAAGUAACAAAACUUGACCGAAAGCCCAUUGCAUUCAGGGCACAGAGAAGGGCCUCGGAUGACAUAGAACCUCUGCCUUCAAGAAAGCUACAGUCCUUAAAAAGCAAAAUUGAUGCCCUCCAAGAAAAAGAGAUUUGCAAAGCAAGUAAUUGCACAAGUAAGACCUUUCCAAAAAAUGGGGGAUAUGAAAAAGGUUGAUGCUAGGAUUCAAAUAGCAUUUUAGAAUCACCCCAGUAUGAAGCAUCAAGGCCUUAAAACUCCAGGGGUUUGGAGUUUAAAAACCAAAGACUGAGGUUGAAGAGCAAGACCAGCCACUUUCUUGUACCUCAGUUUCCUCAUCUGUAAACUGUGGUUGAUGAUACCUACCUCACAGGGUUGCUAGGAUUAAAUGAGAUGAGACGUGUUAAAGAUGCUACUGUGUAGAUGUUAUUGUUCCAGUUGUUAUGUUCAUCAUGUCAUUCUGUCCUCAUUAGAGCACAGCCUGCAAAGAUUGAGCAGGCCAUCCUUGGUUAGCUUCUCAGUGCCACACAGACACUAUCUAUAUAUUUGCCUAUAUUGCAACUAUUGUGUGUAUUGUGUAGUAUAUAAAUGUGUGUACAUACCUAUUUUCAGUGUAUAUAUUUGUGCAAAAACUUCAGUAUAAUAAAAACUUUA